UUGAACCGGUUUCCAAAUCUGGCGGAUGGAUCUCAUCUAUGCAGGUCGAAGGUAAAAGUUCAUAACCCAAACGCCAUUUUGUAUCGAGGUAGGGAAAAAAGCUCGAAGAUGUCUCGUGGAACCAGCGCCGGGUUUGACCGUCAUAUCACGAUAUUUUCACCAGAGGGGCGAUUGUACCAAGUUGAAUAUGCAUUCAAAGCAGUAAACCAAGGUGGACUGACAUCAGUUGCUGUGAGAGGAAAGGACUGCGCUGUUGUCGUCACCCAGAAAAAAGUCCCAGACAAGCUGCUGGAUGCUGAGACUGUCACACACAUCUUCCAAAUCACGGACUACAUCGGCUGUGUCAUGACUGGAAUGAUAGCGGACAGUCGGUCCCAGGUACAGCGAGCUCGAUAUGAAGCUGCCAACUGGAAGUACAAGUACGGGUACGAAAUCCCAGUGGACAUGCUGUGCAAGCGGAUAGCUGACAUCUCCCAGGUCUACACCCAGAAUGCUGAGAUGAGACCACUGGGAUGUUGUAUGAUCUUGAUAGGUUACGAUGAUGAGCAUGGCCCCCAGGUGUACAAGACAGACCCUGCAGGCUACUACUGUGGCUACAAGGCCACCAGUGUGGGGGUCAAGCAGACAGAAGCAAACUCCUUCCUAGAGAAGAAAAUAAAGAAGAAGGUGGACUUCACAUACAAUGAAGCAGUAGAGACUGCCAUCACUUGUCUGUCCACCAUCCUGUCUGCUGACUUCAAACCUACAGAGAUUGAAGUAGCAGUGGUCAACAAAGAUAACCCUAAGUUCAGAGUGCUGACAGAGGCAGAAAUUGACACACAGUUGGUGAGCAUUGCUGAGAGGGACUGAUGUCACAUGAUUUGGAUCUGGAAACAUUGUUACAAGACAUUCGGAUGUCAUGUUGGAUACACUCUGAAGCUUGAAAUCAUACACAACUUUUGUGAUAAGUCAGGGGAUCUUUGUAAGAAUUAUUGAAAUGAAAAAUUAUUGUACAUUAGAUGGACACUGGUAGUGUUAGUGUCUUUUCCUGCUAUGUCUACACUCUGGUUUCAGCUGUUACAGUAAAGAUGUUAGUAUGCCUGUCUGGUAUUUCGUGAUUUUAGAUAUGGUUUCUUCUCUGUCUCAUAGAUACUUAAGGGCCCUUCUGUGGAAGUGUAUUUGCACUUCAUACAGUCACACAUGUAGACUGAGAAGAAUGAUGCUCAAAAGACCUUCAUUAUCUUUGAUCACAGUUGACAUCACAUGAUUCAUUUGAAGGAUAUAGGAGGCAAUCUUUAAUCCGAAUAAACAAGCGUCUUGCACAGGCA